AACCGCCAAAUCUCUCGCUCUUUGAAAACUUCUGGGGUCUGUAGUCGGCAUUAGCCUCCCAGUAAAACACGGCCUUUCCUGACGUAACUCUGAGGUGAUCUCUCUCCUCUUUCCCCCCCACCCCUCCACCAGAGGCUUGCGGUCCCUCAGUGCGCGUGCGUCUUGUUCUGGGUAGCGCUGCGCAUGCCCGUUGUCCUUCGGCAGGCGCUUGUGUCUCUGUGCUGCGCACGCUCUUUACUAUUAACCUCAGUGUCCUUAUUGCGCAUGCUCUGUUCCCUAAGUUUAUACAUUUUUUUUUUAAAUGAAGGCCCUUAACUAACAUUCCCUCAUCUCCUCCACCUUGUUUAAAUGAAUGCGACAGCAUUCAGAUGUCAGCGCACGUUCUUUGCGUAGAGCAGUUGAAACGCCGUCAUGUAAAGAGCGCGUGUUCGCGUUCUAAGCUAGAGUUAAUGGGUAAUUGUGUCACCGCCUCUCACCUAUAACGCAGUCCUCUGCGGGGUCAGGCUAUGGGGGCGUGGGAGAGAACCUCGGAAAUAACCAGCAUGCGGCCAAUCCCUAAGGUGAUUACGGAGGUUGCUAACCAGUUACCUUCUCCCUCCCCAAGCCCCAGCUCUCCAUUUCACCUUUCUAUUCUGCUGUUGCUGCUUAGCCCGCCCUAGUUUUGAGACUGCCUCCUUGCUCCGGGUCAUCUCGAUGUACUCCGGCCCGGAUUACAGAGAACCCUCCUCCGCAUAUGUAGACCUCUAACCACAAAAAUCCCAUUGUAUCCCCUUAAAGCCCAAGCUGUGGUCAACUAGAGUAAAACUCCUCUCUCAGUCUAAGUAGUCCAAAAUACCGGAAAAAGCAGUUUUUCCCCAGCUAAGGAAGAUUCAUAUCUUUUGUUUAAAUUCCUAGAGUUUAUAAUUUUAUUUGCUAGAGAAUCAAAUGAGAAUUUUCGUAAAACGUUUAACACAGUGCCACACAGCAGGCUCUUAAUUAGUGCUUCCCCUGCUCCCUCUGGAAAUAUGUAUAUAUGCUUUGAGGUAUCUGAGUCAAAGACUAUUGAUGAUUUCAUUCUGAGCUUGAUAUGGGCCUAAGUAAAAGUUUAAACCACAGAUUCAGGAUGUAUCAAAAGUACUUAUGCCUAAAGAUAGGGGCAUGUUUUUUUGAGUUCAUAAAAACAUUAUCCUAAGGUCUUAUUCUAUAGUUUCAGCAGAAAGUGGUCUGUCCUUGCAUUCUUAAAGGAGCUAUAGCUCAAAUAACUCCCCAAGUUCACCUAGGUGAACUAUAUUCUAUAUUCCACUACAAUUAUUGGUAGAUUAUAUAAUUGGGGUAUGAAGGUCAGCCUGGCAAAGUUUAGAGAGGCUCUUGAAGAAGUUGGUCACGGGGCAGUGAAAUUUUUACCUCCUGUAACUAUUGAUGGGUUAUGGUCUCUGUCAGUGUGGUGAAAUCACAAGAAAUCAAAGAUCCUUGAAACAAGGAUAUGAUUUUUCCCCUGAGGACUUCUUUUGCUGCAUCACAGAAAUUUUGAUAAAUCCAAACAAUGGAGGGACUUCUGCAUUAUAUAAAUCCAGCACAUGCCAUUUCUCUCCUAAGCGCUCUAAAUGAGGAGCGUCUCAAAGGACAGCUCUGUGAUGUUCUUCUAAUAGUGGGAGACCAAAAAUUUCGAGCUCAUAAAAACGUCUUGGCUGCCAGCAGUGAAUAUUUUCAGACUUUAUUCACAAAUAAAGAAAAUGAGUCCCAAACAGUAUUUCAACUUGACUUCUGUGAACCAGAUGCUUUUGAUAAUGUAUUAAAUUAUAUUUACUCUUCAUCUUUAUUUGUAGAGAAAAGCAGCCUUGCUGCUGUGCAAGAACUUGGCUACAGUCUUGGUAUUUCUUUCCUUACUAACAUUGUUUCCAAGACACCACAAAUCUCUUUUCCAGCAUGUCCCAAUAAGAAAAAAAUAUUUCAAGAAGGAGAUGAAAGUAGUUCUCAGAAAAGAAGUGUUAUUGUUUGUCAAAGCAGAAUUGAAGCACAGGGAAAAAAUGCUAGUCAAAUUCAGCAUGACCUAAGCCAUAUUUCAAAGCCUUCACCUAGCAUUGCAGUCAAGAAUAAUACUAACAGACCACAUGUCACAAAACCAAUUGAACCACUUCACAAUUUGUCAUUAAAUGAAGGAAGGUGGCCAAAAGAAAGCUCACUGGGUUAUCCCAAACUUAUUGAACCUUCUGGAUCUUUGGAUGAUCAGGGUAGAAGUGGUUUGGUAAAAAGAAAUACACUGAUUCCUUCAAAACCUCUCCAAGACAGAGAAACUUCAGAUGAUAAACAAGGAAUAUCUAGUCAGCCUUUAAGAGAGAAAACUAUAGAAAUGUCUUUGAAAAAGCCACAGCCACCUGUUUUGUCUCUUUGUAGCUCAUCAGAGGCUCCAUAUCUUUUACAAGAAACUGGUAAAGGAAGCAGUCAAGGAGAAGAUAGAAAUUUGCUGUAUUAUUCAAAACUAGGAUUAGUGAUCCCAUCUAGUGGACCAGGUCCAAGAAACCAAAGUAUUGAUGGAAGUGGCCCACUUGUUAAAAGUCUUCUCCGGCGAUCAUUGUCAGUGGAUAGUCAGGUUCCUAUGUAUUCCUCAGUUAGUUUGAAAACUUCACAAGGAUCAUCUUCAAUAACAAAUGAUGCACCAGAGAAUAUGUUUAGUGCUACAUCUCAAAAGUCAUCUUUGAAAGAUUCUACUGAAAAAACAGUUCUAGUUGAUCAGACACAGGUCAUACACCCGCAUCGCCUUAGGUCCUUCAGUGCCUCUCAGUCAUCAGAAAGGGAGAUAGCCUCGCCUGUUACAGAGGUACGAAUAAAAACUGAGCCUAGCAGUCCACUUUCAGAUCCUUCUGAAAUAAUCAGGGUCACUAUUGGAGAUGCAGCAGCAUCAGUCAAUAAAAACUUUUCUUUUAAGGUAGAAGAUGAUCAAAGUAGACUUCUAACAAAAAGAAGAUUUCAAGCUGACCGAAGGUUACCAUUUAAAAAACUGAAGGUAAACGAACAUAGUUCUCUUGGAUCAGAGGAUAAUUUUGAAGAAAACUCAAGCCCUACUCACCUAGAUGCUGAGUUCCCAGAUUCAGAUUUUAGUAAAGAUGAAUAUAGUGAGUUGGAAGAAACUAGACCAAAUAGAAAAUUUAAAUGCAAGCAUUGCCUUAAAAUUUUUAGAUCCACUGCAGGUCUUCAUCGCCAUGUUAAUAUGUACCAUAAUCCAGAAAAACCUUAUGCUUGUGAUAUUUGUCACAAACGAUUUCAUACAAAUUUCAAAGUCUGGACACAUUGUCAGACACAACAUGGAAUUGUGAAGAAUCCAUCACCAGCUUCUAGUUCACAUGCUAUCUUGGAUGAGAAAUUCCAAAGAAAACUGAUUGAUAUAGUGAGAGAGAGAGAAAUUAAAAAAGCCCUGAUUAUUAAACUAAGGCGAGGAAAAUCAGGUUUUCAGGGACAAACCAGUUCACAAGCACAGCAAGUUAUCAAAAGGAACUUAAGAUCCAGAGCCAAAGGAGCAUACAUUUGUACUUAUUGUGGAAAAGCAUACCGUUUUCUUUCUCAAUUUAAACAACACAUAAAAAUGCACCCAGGAGAAAAACCACUAGGAGUAAAUAAAAUUACCAAACAAAAAGAACAUGUUCCUCAUGAAAGUUCAUUAGAAAAGGAGGUUUACCAGUGCCAUCUCUGCAACGCUAAGCUCUCCUCUGUUUUAGAACAAGGAAACCAUGAACGAUUAUGCAGAAAUGCUACAGUUUGCCCUUAUUGCAGCCUUAGAUUCUUUUCCCCAGAUCUGAAGCAUGAACAUGAAAGCAAAUGUGAGUAUAAAAAACUGACUUGUCUUGAAUGUAUGCGUACUUUUAAAUCUUCUUUUAGUAUUUGGCGCCAUCAAGUUGAAGUGCAUAAUCAGAAUACCAUGGCUCCAACAGAAAACUUUUCUCUUCCUGUUCUUGACCACAAUGGUGAUGUAACUAGUACUUCAAAAUUGCAGCCCCAGUCAGAGCUUAAUAAAGUAAACCAUUUUAUUACCACAAAAGAAGAUGGAGUAUUUAGUGAUUCUUCAGAACAAAUUAAUUUUGAUUCAGAAGAUUCUUCAUGUCUCCCUGAAGACCUAAGUGUUUCUAAACAACUUAAAAUUCAGGUCAAGGAAGAGCCCAUAGAAGAUACUCAAGAUGAUACAUCUGGAACUAAUUUAGCUUCAAAAGAAGUGGUGUGUAAUAAAGACACUGGUGUAUGGCCCUGUGAAAAGUGUGGGAAAAUGUUUACUGUGCAUAAACAGCUAGAGCGUCACCAGGAGCUUUUGUGCUCUGUGAAACCAUUUAUUUGUCAUGUGUGCAACAAAGCUUUUCGUACUAACUUUCGUCUGUGGAGCCAUUUCCAGUCCCAUAUGUCCCAGACUACAGAAGAAUCUGUACGUAAAGAGCCUGAGUCAUGCCCACCAGCUCACUCUCCAUCACCACCACCUCUGCCUCCACCAUUGCCCAAAAUCCAACCUUUAGAGCCUGAUAGUCCUACUGGUUUGUCUGAGAGUCCAUCUACUACUGAGAAACUAUUUGUUCCCCAGGAAUCAGACACACUAUUUUAUCAUGCCCCACCCCUUUCAGCAAUCACAUUUAAAAGGCAAUAUAUGUGUAAGCUUUGUCAUAGGACAUUUAAGACUGCAUUUAGUCUUUGGAGUCAUGAACAAACACACAAUUAACAAUUAAGAGACUCAUCUGUUUAAGAAACUGAAAAUUAUUUCCAGAAUAUUUAAGAAGUUCAACCUAAAGAAUCAAACAAGUGGUAAGAGACAAAAAUAGCAGAAAAAGACAGGUUGGAACUUCUUGAAUUUUAUGGUGAAUUAAACUAAUUGAUAGUAGAAGAUAGAAUUCUAAAUAGACUUGAGAAAAGCAAAGUAUUGUGGUCCUGGGAUCUUAUAGCAGAAUAAUUUAAAUUUAUUAGCUUUGGAAUUUUAUCUUUAUUUUAUGUAUAGUUCUUCAUUCCAUGAUGUCACUAUAAUUUUCAAAUCUUGGCUGCUAGCAGUGAGUUGAAAUUAGCAGAAUACUAUAACCGACUUCUUGUUUUGAUUAUAUUGAACAUUCAUAUACUCUGUUGAAACUCCAUUAAAUACUUGUCACAUUCUUAAAUAUUUGUCAUGUUCUUGAAGUUAAGUUUAUAGGGAAGAAGUGGAUUUAGUAUUUUGUUACAUUGAUUUAGAUUUUAGUAUCCUUUAGCAAUAAUAAAUAUAAACCUCAAUUUUCAUGAGAUAGCCUGACAUUUAAUAGAAAGGUUUUUAUAUCUAAUGGUCAUGUGGAAUUUUUUUUAUUAUUAUAUGAUUCUUGUACAAAAUUUUAAUGAAGCAAAGUUCAACGUACUAAUAGUAAUACUUGAGUUGAUAUGAAGCAGAGAAACUAUCAGUCAUUUGGUACCAUUAUUAGCAAUGGUUAAAUGGUAAAAGACUUGGGAUUAAAAUAGACUGCUUAAUAGAAGAAUUUUACACUUAGUUUACAACAACUUCAGUAAUUGUAAUAAAACAGUAAUUCACUAUGUUGCAAUGUAAACUAUAGCACUCAAAUACAAAUGGACUUUCAAAGUUUUGUGUUUCUCAUAGUUUACGCUAUUUAUGUUUUUUAGAUGGAAUGUAUUAGAAUUUGAAAUACUAAAUCAGAUAGUUAAGAUAAAAAGGAACAUCAUACACAUGGCACUAAUUUUUCAUUAUAAUACUAAUUGUACUUUUGAACAAAAAAGUUGGAAUAUGCACAUAGAUAUCAAAUAUCAAGUAGGUAGGUAACAUUAUAUGUGUUAAAAUUCAAAGUAGAGGAAAAAGCAGCAGAUUCUACAUUUUUCCAGAAUGGCAUAUAAUAUAUAUAUAUAUAUGUAUAUGUAUAUGUAUACACACACACACACCUAUGUAUUUUCUGUCCACUUAUUUUUUGUGAUUUGUGUUAAAAUUCUAUACUUUGUGGGAGUGGGGGUGGGGGAAUUCUUUUUAAAUAUUAGUAAUAAUGGUGGAAAGAUGUCAAAAGACAUUUGUAAAAAAUGAGGGCAAAGGUUCAAAAUUAGUUUUUGUCAGGGUAGAGUGGAAUAAUAUGAAAGUACUGAAUUCUUGUAAAGAUAAUAUGAAUUAAAUUUCAGAGUUUUAAAAAGUUUAUUCUUUUUGGCAGGUAAGGGGAAGAAAUUCCUUAACUAGAAAAGGAUUUGCUGUUGCUCUAGUAGAGCAAGAUUAUACCACACCUUUCUUAAUUAUAUUUACUCAAAUUCCAUACCAAUGGAGAGAAAAUAUUAGUAUUGCAAUUUCUUUUAUUAUACUACAUAGAAACACCUUUUUGUGAAAAGAUGUAAGUGAAUUUGUACACUUCUUAUAUUGAAAUUUUGUCUUUUACUCCCAUGUGAACUUAUUCACAUUUUAAAAGGUAUUUUAAAACUCCAAAAACAAUAUUCAUAAUUGUACCUCUUUUAUCCUUACUGAUUUUUUAAAAUGUAAGAAAACUAUUGCCAUCUUUACUUUUACUUGAGAGAGGAAUUCUAUGCAUCAGAAAGAAAAAAAAUGAAAAAUACAGCAUCCUUUUUAAAAAACUAGACAUUUUGAUGUUUAUUAGUGUUUCUUCUAUAAUGUGGUGUAACUUGAAUCUUGAAUACUUGGGAAAAUUACAUACUUUUGUUGUCAAAAAGAAGAUACUCCAAAAAUUAUUAUUGCUUGAAUAAUUAUUAAUCAGAUAAAUUUCAUCUGGAAUAAUGCAUCAAUGAAGUAUCUUUUUGAAUUGUAGGAUUAUAUAUCACAAGUUUAAGUAUUAUGCUCGGUUUUGAAACAUUUUUAAUUUUAAGUAUUAUUUUAAAAAAUCAGUUACAGUUACAGUUUUUUUUUUUUUACAAAUCUAGAUACAAUCUUGAGUAUAUGUUAAUAUUAAAGUAAAAUUUCUAAUUUUGGGGGUGUUUUUUCUUGUGUUUUAAAAUUAAUGUUCUUAUCCAUUCAAGGAACACAAGAUCUCCAAAUAAAAGUUUGAAACUGAAAUAUUUAUAUGGCA